AUGAGCGCCGCGAAUGGCGCGCGGUUAGGGGGUACCGCGAGACGGUCCCUCGGGAUCUCGCUACUCUUAGUAGUGGUCGUGCUAUGGACGGCCUCGAAUUUCUUAGCUAGUACCAUCUUCGCCGACAACACCUACUCGAAACCUUUCUUCCUAACCUACCUCAACACCUCCUGCCUCAACCUCCCCCUCCUCGGGAUCCUCCUCGCACGAGUUUUCAAACUAUGGCGCCUCAACAAACUCUCCCAGAUCACGUCCUUGAAGAGCCUACUAGAGCACCUCGAUUCGGGCGACCCGCUGCAGGCCGAGGAACAGGAUCAGGCCAUAUUUUACCAUCGCGCGGCCACGGCUGAUGGUGAGGAUGAUGUUCGGGCUACGGAUUUCGGGACGCAAAGAGGGGUUGUGGUGGAACAAUACGAGUCGGGGAAGUUGGGGUUGAGGGAGACGGCGAAGCUUAGUUUGCAUUUUUGUAUUCUAUGGGCGAAUUACUUCGCGAUGGCAUGUCUGCAACACACAAGCGUAGGAAGCACUACGAUUCUCACGUCAACCAGUGCCGUCUGGACAAUGAUCUUCGGUGCCGCCCUCCGCGUCGAAAAAUUUACCCUCCGCAAAUUCCUCGGCGUCCUCGCCUCCCUCCUGGGCAUCAUCCUGAUCUCCCGCGUCGACCUAUCCACCUCCGACGCACCUGCCCCAGACGAUGGCGAAAACAACGGCUCAUUCCCACGCAAGAGCUCCGCGGAGAUCGCCCUAGGCGACGCCAUGGCAGCUUUCAGCGCGAUCAUGUACGGCGUGUACACAAUCGUGAUGAAGAGGCAGUGCGGCGACGAGUCGCGGGUGAACAUGCUGUUGUUUUUUGGUCUGGUGGGGUUCAUCAAUAUGGUUCUUAUCUGGCCGGGGUUUAUCAUUAUGCAUUUUACGGGACUGGAGAAAUUCGAGCUCCCGCCUACAAAUCGCGUGUGGACUAUCUUACUGGUCAACUCCGUCUCCUCCCUAGUCUCCGACAUCGUCUGGGCCUACGCAAUGCUCCUCACAACACCCCUCGUCGUAACCGUCGGUCUAAGCCUGACGAUCCCGCUCUCCCUCGUCGGCCAAAUCGUCCUACAGAACCAGUACGCGAGUCCGUUAUACUGGGUCGGAGCUCUUAUUGUCUUCUUGUCGUUUUUGGUUGUGAAUCAUGAGAGUCGGCCGGUGGAAGAGGAGGUUUCUGCAUCUGUAUCUGCAUCUGCAUUGGCAUCGGAGGGUGAGACGGGGGAGUAUAGGGUUGUUCCUGGGGAGGAGAGGUGA